AUGGCGGGGAGGAGGGGCAGCUUGGAGCCAGGCAGGCACGGUUUCUCAGCAGUCAACCAAGUCAAGCUGCAGUCAUUGGCAGUCGGGUACCUGGAACAAAAGCGGGAGAGUCAGACUUCAGGAGACGGAGACUUCCAAACUCAGGUACCUCGACAUCCUGUUACUGGCGGCAAGGUGCCCCCCUCCAAGGCCCCGCGGCAGCGCAACAACGAGGACUGCAAUCCCGCUUCCCUGGUAUUAUUCGCACCAACCUCGCAAUACCGCCGAUCUUCACAGCGUGUGCCCAGCAUGGCGCCGUCAUUUGACCGCUUGCGCGAGGAAGACCUCGACGAGGAGUUGGACGAUCUGGACGACGUCGACAUUUCCGACCUGCGAGAAAAAUAUGAGGUCCAGCUCGAGCAGGGCUACGACACCUUCGUCGUCAUCGACGGCCUUCCCAAGGUGAACGAGGAAAGGAAACCGAAGUUGAUCAAGUUCCUGCUGAAGAAGCUCAACACGGUUGGCCGGACCCGGGAGGACCUCAUCUACAUGCCCAUGGGCGACGAUGGGAAUUCGCUGCAAUUUGCCUUUGUCGAAUAUUCUUCACCGGCCGAGGCUGCCGCCGCCGUGCGCCAGCUCGACUAUACCGUGCUCGACAAGAGCCACACCAUGCGCGUCAACAAGCUUACCGACAUCGACCGGUACGGCCGGGAAGGCCGCAUCGAUGAAGAGUACACCCCGCCCGAGAUUGAGCCGUUCCAAGAAAAGGAGCACCUCCGGUCGUUUAUGGCGGACCCCAGCGGGCGCGGCAGAGACCAGUUCGUCAUGUUCCGGGGGGAUUCGGUGGGUGUCUUCUGGAACAAUGAGAAGGACCAGCCAGAGAACAUCGUCGACCGGCAACACUGGACCGAGACUUUCGUUCAGUGGUCGCCGCUGGGCACAUACCUCACUUCGGUGCAUGCGCAAGGCGUGCUCCUCUGGGGCGGCGCCUCGUGGUCAAGACUGAAACGGUUCCCCCACCCCUUCGUCAACCUCAUCGCAUUCUCCCCCAACGAGAAGUACCUCGUCACCUGGUCGAACCGGCCGAUCUCGAUUCCCGACAGCGGCCACCCGGCCCUGUCGCUCGACGACGACGGCAAGAACUACGUGAUUUGGGACAUUGAGACAGCCAAGCCGCUUCGCUCGUUUGCCCAGCAAGAUAUUCCAGGUACUGAGGAGCACGCCGGUGUUAAGAAACCGCCCAAGUUCCCGUGGCCGGCGUUCAAGUGGUCUGCCGACGACAAGUACGUGGCGAGGCUGAACCAGGGCACCUCCAUCUCCGUGUACGAGCUCCCGAAGAUGAACCUCCUGGACAAGACGGCGGUCAAGAUAGACGGCGUGAUGGAUUUCGAGUGGGCGCCCGCUACCCCGCGUCGGGACGGUGUCAAGACGUACGAGCAACUCUUCUGCUUCUGGACCCCAGAAAUCGGCAGCAAUCCCGCGAGAGUCGCCUUGAUGAGCAUCCCCUCCAAGCAGAUUGUCCGCUCGCUGAAUCUCUUCAGCGUCACGGACGCGAAGCUCCACUGGCAAUCCGAUGCCUCGUACAUCUGCGUCAAGGUCGACCGGCACUCCAAGUCCAAGAAGUCGCAGGCGACCACCCUCGAGAUCUUCCGCGUCAAGGAGAAGGGCGUGCCCGUCGAGGUCGUCGACACCAUCAAAGACACAGUCAUUAACUUUGCCUGGGAACCCAAGGGUGAUCGAUUCGUCAUCAUCACGACCACGGAGCCCAUCGGUCCCACCGCCGUGCCGCCGAAGACCGCCGUCUCCUUCUUCUGCCCUGAAAAGACCAAGGGCAACACUGUCGGAAACUUCAAGCACCUGCGCACGCUCGAGAAGAGGAACAACAACGCCAUCUACUGGUCCCCGAAGGGCCGGUUCGUCGUCAUCGCCACCGUGCACAACCAACAGAGCUCCGACCUCGAGUUCUUUGAUCUCGACUUCGAGGGCGACAAGCCGGAGGCCGAGAAGGAUCUGACUGCCAACCUGCAGCUGAUGAACACGUCCGAGCACUACGGCGUGACCGACGUGGAGUGGGAUCCCUCAGGCCGCUACGUCGCCUCCUGGGCGUCGGCGUGGAAACACUCUAUGGAAAACGGCUACCACCUCUACGACUUCAAGGGCGAGCUGCUGCGCGAGGAGGCCAUCGACAAGUUCAAGCAGUGGCAGUGGCGCCCGCGGCCGCCCACGCUGCUGACGCGCGAGGAGCAGAAGCAGAUCCGCAAGAACCUGCGCGAGUACUCGCGCGUCUUCGAGCAGGAGGACGCCGAGCGCAUCAGCUCCGCCGACGUCGCCGUCGUCCAGCACCGCCGCCGCCUGCUCGAGGAGUUCUACGCCUGGCGCGCCGUCGUGGAGGAGGAGCUCGCCGAGGAGCGCGCCGCCCUCGGCCUGCCCGCCGACCCCGUCGCCGAGCUGCUCAAGGCCAAGACGGCCGAGAUCGCGCCCCAGGGCGAGGUCCAGGAGCAGGUCAUCGAGGAGAUUAUGGAGGAGGUCCUGGAGGAGACGGAGGAGAUUGUGAACUAA